AUGGAGAACAGCUAUACCGAAAAUCCUACGGCGUGGAAUGAAACAAUUCGCACCCAGCAGUCUCUUCAGCUUCCGCUUCAAAGGCCAACAGAAAAAGAGGAAAGCCUUACUCAGCUACAAGGAAUUACGGAUAUUAGUAAAUAUGUUGUAAAACCUGAUGAAACUACCACAUUGGAAAGACGAUCUGUCAUUGCCAACCCAGUGACUAUAGACUAUGCAACAAAUGCUCCGUACUUAUCAACCGCAGCUCCAUUGCAAUUUUCUACCGAUACUUCAAUUUUGCAAAGCUUCUCAAAUGGAUUUUAUCCGUACAACACCGCCUAUCUUCCUUAUGACAGAUAUUCGUCUGCGCCGUUCACUGUUCUUGUUCCUCCACAGACGUACCUUGAAUGCGUGAAAUGUUCUAUGAACAUUUUUCCUGGAUCUGAGAGACAAGUUGAAGGAGGUUACGUUUGCACUAGCUGUGCUAAAAAUCUAUAUGUACCGCCACAAGUGCAAUUUGAUAAUAGAGAGGUGAAGCCAGAGGUUGCUCAGAUUUAUCCAGACACCACUGCUGUAACUGCUGCUAACAUAUCUAGUAAACAAGCAAAAUCCAGCGGAGGAACAGCUAGCAGCAGCAGCGGAGUCGGUAGCAGUAAUAGUAACAGCGCGGUGAAAAAAAGCAAUUCGUCCAAUGGACAGCGUCGACAAGGUUUAGUGUGCUCAAACUGUCAAGGCACCAAUACUACACUUUGGCGGCGCAAUCAGGACGGCGAGCCGGUGUGCAAUGCGUGCGGUCUUUAUUACAAGUUGCAUAAUAUUCCACGGCCAGUGUCAAUGAAGAAAGAAGGACAAUUACAGACACGAAAAAGAAAAACCAAAAAUGGUGAAUUGCCACCUAGAAGAAAGAGCGAGAGAAGUGUUGCCUAUCGCUCUCGCGGUAGUAAUUCAGCAGCAACUGUAACAUCUACAAUGGAUAGUCAACCGACCUACGGUGUAUCUACAUAUUACCAGUCUACUUACAUUAAAGAUGCAGGCGCCAAUGCCGAAGAAGAAACUCGCGCUGCCGCCGGGGCUCUCGACCGAGAGGACGUUUAA